CUCGCGUUUCAUUCAGUGGACACCGCGCGCCCGCUCCUCGUUUAUUAUUUGGAAUUUUCCGAUCGACUGAUUACCGCUUGUCGUAAGUUUUACAAACAAAUUCGUAUCCGUUUCGUAUUUUUCGCAAUUAGCGCCAAAUACGAAAGUCUUAAGUGGCAAAGUCGAUACGGUCGGGUUUCGUUCGGCAAUCGAGCCAAACCGACCGAUUCUAAAUGAAGGGCCCGCUCGGAGUGAAACGCUUCAACGGGCCACGACACGAAUUGGUCGCGCUGAACGUAGAAAAUUCUGACAGCUCGGGGCUCGGGGCCGUCAUAUGAAAAUAAUGUCGUUUUUAUUACAUUUUUUGAUAAAUUAUUAUUCUAGUUUCGAAUCGGCAGCGUACCGACGGCCUUAUCGGUUUUCCUAUUUAGCGCGCUACCGUAAUUUGUACAUUUUCGAAAGGUUCGCGUCGAGUCUAUGCGCUUUCGAAAAAUAUUUUACUUUGUAUUUUCUCAGCAGCGAACGGACGUCGAGCGCGGUGCCGUAAAUUGGUAAUAAUUCUGUUGAUUACACAGUAAUAAAGUGACCAAAUAUGGGUUAGUGGUGUGGAACAUGUAAUAUGCGAUCGUUGACUCCAGUCAUACAAUCGAAAUGUUUGUUUGUGUUGAUAGUGACUGGUGCAUUCCUAACGUGAAAGUGUACGUUUGUGUUGUUUUUGUGCUGUAACGGAUGCUGAAGUAAAUUCAGACCAGGCGGGGACAAUAAACAAGUACUGCCGCCUGCCGUGAUCGGUCAAUCGUGUUACAACGCGCCCGCCAAAGACGAAGCCACAUUCCACAUUUAUAAUACUCUUAAUUUAGUUUAAAAAAAUAAAAAAUAUAUCUAUAUAUAUCAAAAUUCGACCAAAAGAACCAAACCAAAACAAGGAAGCGCUAUUGACUUCUAUACCAAAGCUAGUUUAAUCGGUUUAAGUGGACGUCCAGAAGCGUGUGGACCAAGGAGGAUCUGGUCUGACGAAGAUGACGCCGCAACAGUACUGCCUGCGUUGGAAGCACCACCACUCGAAUGUCCAGAGCAUGUUCGCUCAGCUCUUAGAAACUGAACGCUUUUGCGACGUGACCUUGUACUGUUCUCCGAAUUUCGCGACCCAAGUGACUGGCAAGGACACGGUGGAGCCACAGAACAUCCGAGGAGUCUCACUUCGGGCGCACAGGGUUGUUCUGGCGGCGUGCUCUGAGCUGCUGGGGGCGCUGCUGGGCGCUCACGAGGCUCACGGGGAACCUGUCCUGGUGAUCGACGGCGCUGAACCGAAGCACCUGAAGGCUCUCCUCGAUUAUAUGUACACCGGCGAAAUGAACGUUCAUCAUUCGCAGCUCGCGAGCCUCCUGAAGACAGCCGAGGAGCUUCGCAUCAAGGGCCUCACGGAUUUACGGUGGAAUAACAAAGACGAACCGCCAGACUCUGAAACUGCCAAAAUAGAUGUUAUGUCUUCAGGAGUCGUGGCCACGCCCACUAGCUCGCCCGUCGAGAAACAAACAGACAAACUCACCGAAAAACAAGAGAAGACGCCGUCCCCACUACCGAUACUACCGAAACUAGAAACGUCCAAGCAAAUUUCCCCAAAGCCCGAGACGCCAAAGCUGAAUUCCCCCAAACAGGUCUCCCCGAAGAUAAGUUCCCCCAAACAGGUCUCCCCCAAGCAAGUCUCCCCCAAACAAAUCUCCCCGAAACUAGGGUCCCCUAGAGGGGGCUCGUCGAGUCAGGAAGCGCCCCGCACCCCGGAGGCCGCAGACCUUCGCUCGUUGAAGACCGAAAGCGAAGUCGGCGAAGACAAGGCUCUUGAUAAAUUCAAUGUCAACGGGGGUCCUCCGCCCUUAAUAAAACUGACGACUAAAGAAAGAAUCAGUCCAAUCAAGCGAGAGAACUCUGAAAUAGACAGUCCGAGCCCCAAGCGACAGAGGCUGGCGAGCGCCACCGAGCACAUGGACGAAGACUCCAUGUCCGCAUCAAGAGGAGACAAAGACGAAUGGCAACACGGGAAUCUAAACAUAACAGCAGAACGCGUCGUCGGCUGGGGAGGGGGCUCGGAGGAGUCCUCUCGGGAGCCCUCCGAGGAGGACUGGGCCGACGCGCCGGCUGACAUCGGCUCCUUCCUGCACACCCGGCUGCGUGUGGACGGAGACAACAGCGCCGAUGAAGAGACCAACGACAGCACGGCGGGCCCCCUCAGCCGGUCCACGGUCGCGUCGUCGUCGUCCUCCGCCAAGGAGAUCAGAAUGGAUUUCUCCACUCAGCUGUCACUACCAAAACGUCCCAAAUCAGACCCCACAGACCCUCGCUUCACGGACGUUGUCAAGCUGAGCGACUACCUGCAGCACGGGAGACGGCCGCAGUUCUGGGAGGAGCCCUACGUUCGGAGGGUGAUGGAGUCGGUGAGGCUAAAGGAACUGGAGAUGAAGCAGGCCGCCGAGAUACUGGGGGUGAGCUACGGCACGCUGUACGGGAGGUAUCGGGACGUGUACGGGUGUAUCAACAGGCCUUACAGGGCUGUCCGCGACUUCUGGCAGGCGAAGGGUCCGUCGGAGGUGCUGGAGCGGCUGCAGCGCGGCGACAUGACGCUGGACGCGGCGGCGCACGCGCUCGGCGUCACCAUCAACACGCUCGCGGCGCACGUCGCCGACUUCGGGCACGCCGCCGCCGCCGAUUUCGAGCCGAUUCCCAUCGAGGUGGACCCGUCGUUGAAGAGUCGGAUGCGCACGUACAGCGGACAGCAACAGCCCCCCGCCAAGCAGCCCCCGAGGAAACCGCUCCCUUCCAGCGCCAACGACAAGCCGCUGGUGAAAAAGCUGAUGGUCGGUAGCGGCAGCGACGAGGAGCUGCAGAUACCGGCGACGGUCAUCAGCUCCUGCGACAGUAAGCUGAUCUCCAGCAAUCCUCCGUCGUGCGGGAAGUGGCCGACGAUCCGCGUCGCCUCAAUCGACAGUCUUCGCGCCACGGAGCCCGUCAUCUCCCCUGUGCCUGCUCCCCCGCCCCCCGUCGUCGCGCCCCCGCCCGCCCCCUCCCUGUCGCCCGCCUCGCCCUCGCAGCUCAUGAGGACCAGGCCCGACCUCACGAUAGUCGCGGCCAGGAGGCCGGACCCCAAGCGAGACGAAGACGACACGUGAUCCGGUGAAAACUAAUUAUAAUAUAACGUUUAACCAAAGUAUUAUGUAAUCCCCCCUACUGUGCCCCGCGCGAGUUUUUAUUUUCAUUCGAGGAGGACAUUCCGUCUCGCUCACACGCGUGUUCAGUGAGGGCGUGUGAGCGAGACGCGUAUAAGUAAUCGAAAGCAAAUGAAUUUGUCGAACGCGUAUGAAUUUAGUUCUUUAAUAUCAGAUCUGAUUAGGGAUAGCUCUUAAUGAGAGAGGCAUAAGAACUAGUUUCCUAUAAGUUAUUUUUAUUGUUAAGUUUAGCUGCGUCGUUAUCUCGAGAAAGCGGACGAGAAAUACGAGAAUAUUAUUUUGUAGUUUUAAUAUUGAAGAUGGCCGUGACGUUCGCGACCACAGACAUCAGAAGCAAUAGACACGGACAAAGAUUAAAAUUGGAACAACAUUUAUUUGGAGUAUGAAAUUUAUCAAAUCUGUACCAUCCUGUAGCCAUCCAUCUUCCAAGUUCAUCACGAGGCCGGCUCGAUGGCGCCGUGUCAUUGCUUCUUCAUUAUAGUUACAUUAAUUGUAAAAAUUUCAUGACCACGCAAUAAUUAGAAGUGGACAAACUUUUUAUCGUUGAGAUUAAAUUAUGGAAUUUAUUUAUUUUUUACAAAUUUAAAAUUUAUUCGUGGGUAGUUUGUUUUUUACGUAUCUUUCCUGGUAUAGGCACCUUAUAUUCUUUCCUAGGGUUCAUAUUUUGUAGGAAAGAAAUUUCAUAAAAAUCAAUUCAGUUAUAUGAUAAAUCAUAAUAUGACGAUGAUUUUUUGAUAUUUUAAUCAAUUGGAAUGAAGUUAAAUGAAACGAGAUGAAAUGAAAUAAAAUCUCAGUUAAAUGGUGGCUAUUUUCUGAGACUUUUUCAGUGGCCUUUUUGGAAGCACCCUAGUACCCACGUCCGAUGGCUUCGUUUCACAUUUGUGCACUCACACAGAUACUAUAAAUAAGCCAAUGUUAUUAUACAUUUGAACCUACAGAAACACUAAAUUAACAAAAUAUAAUAAAUAAAACGAACUACCCUCCUCGCGUUCCCGCCAAUAAGCCCGCCUUGCGGGGUCAUUGCCCCCGCGUCCCAACCCCCCACACGCCACGGGCUCGUAUAGAAAAACAAACUCCUACAAGUAUUACUUAGUUAAUUACUAAAGCCAAUAUCGAUUUUUUAGGGAAUAUGUUAUUUUUUAUUCCAACCUAAUAUGAAGAAUAUUAAUGUAAGCGUAUUAUUAUUUUAUUUUUGUUCAUUAAUUUUUUAUUUGUAGCCAUUAAAACUAUGAGCCUGAGAGUUUUAGACUGUAUUAUCGAGAAUUUCAAAUAAUAUAAUCGUUGUUUUUUUUGGUAUUUUUUUUUCUUCAUAAGUUGGCAACACUGAUAGUUUUAAGCGAAAAGGCGAUAACGCUGGUUAUUGUUUUUUGUUUCUUAAUUUCUUAAAAUUGUUAUAGUCGAUUUUUCGUUUACCAUUGAACGAUUCCUUCGUAUUUUAAUUAAACAAAUUAAAAAUAUAUAGUUUAUAUUAAAAUAAAUAUAUUUUAAGGAACUUGUUCGAUUUGUUAAGGUAUAGUUUAUAAUUGCACUAAAUUUGUUUUAGUGGAUUUACUCAAUAUAAUAUCUCGAUAUAACAGCUGUGUAUCUAGCUAAAUGUAAUUAUGUCUAGUUAAUAUAUUUAUUACGCUGGUAUAUCGUGGGGUGACAGGAUAUUUGGUUAAAGCGACAUUUUACUUUACUGGUGGUAGGACCUCUUGUGAGUCCGCACGGGUAGAUACCACCGCCCUGCCUAUUUCUGCCGUGAAGCAGUAAUGCGUUUCGGUUUGAAGGUUGGGGUAGUCGGUGUAACUAUACUGAAACCUUAAAACUUUAUCUCAAGGUGGGUUGCGCAUUUACGUUGUAGAUGUCUAUGGGCUGCAGUAACCACUUAACAUCAGGUGGGCUGUGAGCUCGUCCACCCAUCUAAGGAAUUAAAAAAAAAUGGCUAAGUACGCGACAUUUAUCUUUGUAAUUAAAGGUGCGUUUUAUUUGGUAUCAGCAUCAACAGUUUUAUGUUUUUAAUUGAACUUCAAUUAAGUUUAUUCCAUUCAAAUAAUUGAAUAAGUUUUUUUGUUAUGAUAUUUUUUUUAAAAUUUUAAAAUUUAAAUGUCCCUCUUGUAAAGUUUCAAAAAUGUCACUUUAACCAAAUCGUCUUUCACUUCUCGAUAUGUUAUAAUAAAAUUUAAUUCGUAGUUUGUAAGUAAAGAUAACGUGGAGUCAUAUUAAAAUGAUUUAUUGAAUGUAAUCUGUGUUCGCUAAUUUAAUUAAUAAUAUUUAGGCACUUGAUAUUUUGUUUUUUUUUUAAACAAAAUUUAGCUCUGGCUUGAGAGAUCAAACGACCGUUACACGUCCAGGGUCUGAUAAGCAAGAAGCCCUUGAUUAAUCAUUAAGAAAAUAUUUUUUUACGAUUUCUACUUUCGCGUGUACAAAUAAUUGACUUAUGUCGAGAUGUGAAAAGCCUAUUUGGUUUAAGCUACUUUUUUGCAACUUUAUAAGAGAGCCAAAGUUUAAUAUUUGGAAAUAAUAUACUAGUAUUCAUCUAUACAUAUAAAUAAAAUUGGAGUGUCUGUUUGUGAUAUUGAAAUAACCGCUUUUUACUACAUGCAUAUGAAUAUAUAUACGGUACAUACACCAAAAUAACAUUUUUUACAAUUUUUGUCUGUCUGUCUGUUUGUUCCGGCUAAUCUCUGGAACGGCUGGACCGAUUUUGACGAGUCUUUCACUGAUAGGUAGCUGAUGAUAUAAGGAGUAACUUAGGCUACUUUUUUUAGAUUAGCUUCGCCCCGCGGCGUCACCUGCGGUACGACAAUAACCGCGGGUAACAUCGCGGGACUCAGCUAUCAAUAAUAAAAUUUAAUGUUCCCGAAGCGAAGUGAGGGCGGGUCGGUAGUAGUAAAUAAAACGGACCUUUAAUUACAAAGUUAAAUGUCGGUUAAGCCAAAUAGCUUCUCACCCCUCGAUAUCGUAUCAGACGUGAUCACGAAAAACUGUAAAUAAUUGAAAACAUCUAAAACAAUGCAAUUAAAAUAAAAAAAACGAGAUGAGAUUUAAUCAUAAAAAUAGUUUAUAUAAUAGUAAAGAAAAAAAUACGCCAAAAUCGAAGAAAACGCUAUAAUCAAAUUUACAAAUAUUGGCGUCAUGUACAUUUAUUUGUUUAUGGUCGCGUUUAGGAAAAUUCAAAUUACCCGCAUAUCGUCCUACUGCGUCGUGUACAUUGCGUGUCCGUUAUAAACGAUUUCCAUUGACGACUCUCUUCUAUAAGAACUAAAGUAUUUAUUUAAAAAAAAAAAAACUAAGCAAUAAAUAGUAUUGUUAACUAGGAAAUUGAAGCCAUCGAUCGACAGAACGUUAAUUUAUUUUUGUUGAUAUUUAAAAUUAAGCGUAGAUAGAGGAUGUAUUUGAGGAGGAAAACGCAUGUAGGUAUAAUAGAUACGGUAAUGUUCAUUCGAGUUUAAUGUUCCUCUAACGAAGGUAUCCGAAUGGGGUGGCUUAUGUGGUGGGAAGUGGUGGAAAUGCGUUCUAUGAUUACCGUAAAUUGUACCCUUCCGGAUUUAUAGUUUAAAUUUUUAUAGUAGUAUUGUGAUUUAUUAUUCUGGAAUUUCUGAAGUGUGGACAUCCUAAUAUGACACAAUUAAAACCUAAAUGUAUCCAGGCUAGAGGUAAUUGUCUUAUACUGGGGAUAAGUUGGAUAAGGCUUAUGUUCCGAUAUACACUGCGCGCACUGAUCAGUGCUAAAGGUACCCACGCACUAUGCGGCUGCCGGUCGACCGCUCCGGUUGACUGACGGCCAGCCGUGCGGUUGCCCUACACACUAAACGGAUAGUGCUAGUUUACGGUUGCCCGCCAUUGAUGGUAAACGUGUUUAUCGACGUUAACGUUUUAACUACGGAUUUCGAUGCGGAAAAAAAUAUAAUUGAAAUUCAAAAUAGGCCAGCGAUCUGGACCACAAAAUCCGCAAAAUAUUCUGAUAAAAAUUUAAGUUCAAAAGCUUUUUGAGCUCUUCAACAAACAAUUCAAAAUGCUUACUCUCUUACUCUCAUCUCGAGCUUGGAAAUAAGGAUGCACCCGGUACCUUUUUUCUGUUUUAUUUUUAUUAUGUAACGCGAGUAAAUAUAAUAAAUAGCUGCUACUUCUUCGUCGUCCGUCUUGGAAAUGUGUCGACACAACCGCAAAUGAAACCGGUUUCUAACCACACAUUCCGGUUCGGAUUGCGGCUAUCCGCUACCCGACUGCCCAAAAGCGCAACCGCGUCCUGCGGUCACCCGCACGGCUGGUCGCAUUCCGGCUAACCGCAUAUUGCGUAGGUGCCCUCAGGCUGGGUUCACACGGCAUUGUCCUGCACGUUUUCUUUGUAUUCGUUAUUUUAACGUACAAUCACCCUGGUGUUCAUACGUUACAUUUUCAUUCGUGUAAAAACGAAUCGCUGCAGUCUUCACACAGUUGUCACACACGCUCUGUGUUAAUGAGACAGAACUGUACCUUUUUUUUGUUUCCUACCUAUGCUAAUAGCCUUGAGAGGCUACUUCAACUUCGCCCUAACAUGUAGGUGAGUUCACAUGGCUCAAACCGGAGAGUUGCUUACACUGACCCUAGCAAGAGCAGUGCUUCGCUGAAUCUACCACCGUAUCGGAAACGUGACCCACUGAGAAGAUCCGGAGAAAAACUCAGUGGGCUGUGUCUGUUGGUUAAUUUACUCGUCGAGCCCUUCGUCGCAAGCGACGGGCGAAUGCCAAAAAACGUCAAUGGCAGUAUACUGUAUUGCGUUUAGUUUUAACACUAAUCAGUAGGUAUAAUUAACUAUUUAAAACACCUUCGCAGUAUACUUAACUGACGUCACACAUUACAGCCCUCGCAGUGCAUAUAGGAACAUAGCUUAAGCGUCCACUUGCGAGCAGCAUAAUGCAAAUAAAUUUAUCCACCAAACGAACGCAGUAUAGCAAGUGAUGCGAUAUAAAUGAAGCGAAGUGUACAGAGUUGAAUAAUUUAAUAUGACGAGGCGAAAGGCCAUUUGAUUGGCGAUAUUUUUGCAACUUUAAAAGAGAACGAUUUUGAAGUUUAAAAUUUGGAAAAAAUAUAACAAAAAAACGUCAUCAGCUAAAUAUUUGAAUGGGGUAAACUUAAUUGAAGUUCAAUUAAAAACAUCGAACUGUUGAUGCUGCUCGUUAUAAUUAUUUUUGGCGCCAUUUUUGACAUUACACGGCUCGCUACGGUGGCGCCACCAUAGUUAAGCUCUUGUUAAUGGAUACUCUAAACACAGAGAGCGUACUCCUUUCUUACCAUAGACAAUACACUUGAUAUUUUUAAUUCUACCCUCCAAUACACUUCAACCUCACGGUCGAACAUUAACGAAUAAAUUAAUCUGUACCCAUCGGAAGCGUAGCAAUUUUUAAUAUUAAAUAAUGUUUUGUUUUAUAAAUCACUAGAGAUUUAUUUUUAUGAAAUAUUAAAAAAAAAUACAACAUAAUUAUUUAAUUUGUUAAAGAAAAUGCACUUUCAUAGUAUACACAAAAAACAUAGACCCGUUUAUAUGUAUUAUAUUAAAAUCAUGUACUAGUAUUGUUUUUUAUGUUAAAAUUAAAGCACUACCCAAUUUUGGUUUUCAUGUAAUAUUGUGAAAAAUAAUUAUAAAAUGAUAUUUUGAUUUUGAUUUUGAUUUUUGAUUUUGAUAUUUAGGCAUUAAAUGAAUGAAUCAUAAUAUAUUUUCUAUUUUUUCAAUAUGGCAUUCGGCUAUUUCAUUAUUGAAUAUUAUAAUAUGCUAAAAAUCACGGACGUAUUGUUUACUGAAUUUGUUUUAUCCAAGAUGGCGUUUCGGACAUUUUGUAAAUGACUUUUCUACGAAAGGUAUACAAUUAAUUUAUAUAAAAUAAUUUUUAGUUUAUUUUUUUUUUAACACAAGAGGCCUUAUCGUUCUAAGUUUUGUGUAUGUCCUAGACCCCGUGCCCUUGGAAAACUUGUAUAGAUUUAAUUGUUAGUAAAAAAUAUAUAUACAUAAAUAAAUAAUGUUUAAUCGAAAAA